CAGUGUCGGGGGAGUAUCAGCCGAGCAGGAUAUCACAAUGGCCACCACAAACCUAUGUAUGGAUGCAAAUUGGACAUAUCCGCUCGUGAAGGUAGAAGGAGUUUAUCUGUAUGAGGCAGAGGCACUGAAGACAAUGAAAUCCCGUCCAAUCAGAGAAGACGAUAUCUUCCUGUGCACCUAUCCAAAGUCAGGGUCUCAUUGGACUUGGGAAAUCCUCAACAUGAUCGUAGCAGGCAAGGCCGAGUACACCAAACACUGGAAAAAUUCUACCUUACUGGAACACAGAUCUGAGGAAGUGCUGGAGGAACUGACAUCACCAAGGAUCAUUCAAACGCAUUUAGUGCCAAGACAGAUGCCAGAGAUGGUAUGGGAACGAAGGUGCAAAGUGGUGUACGUCCAUAGGAACCCAAAAGACUGUGCGGUGUCAUACUUUUGUCAGUUGAGCCAACAAGUACGUUAUGACAGCCUCUCACAGCAGGCGACCUUCACUGGCUCCUGGGACGAGUUCCUCGGGUUUUUCUUGGAGGGUUGUGUUCCGCAUGGGUCGAUAUUUGACCAUGUUAAGGGAUGGGAAAACGUUUCUGAUGUCCAUCAAGGAUUUGAAAUAUGCAGUGUGCAGUACGAAGACAUGAAGCAGGAUUGUGUCGCGCAAAUAAGAAAAAUAGCAGAAUAUCUCGAUCGGCCACUUCCUGAAACAACGUACCAGGAGAUAGCUGAUGCCUGCUCCUUUGAGAAUCUGAAAAAUGCCUGUGAGAAAAACAAAGAUCAGACCUAUCACAACACCUGGCAAGAUGGAUCAAGCGGAUAUUUCAGAAAAGCAACUUCAAUCGGCUCAAAGAGAACGUAG